AAGGCAGCUGAAGCCGACUGCUGGUCGUGCAGAAUUCCCCCGGCUCUUCUGGCCCUGAGUCCUACCACUCCCUCCACCCAGCAGCCUGUGUCCUGGGCCUCACCAAGCCACGUCUGAGUAGGAGCAAGCCAUCUCCACCUACAGCCAUGAAUUUCCUCCGGCGGCGUCUCUCCGACAGCAGCUUCGUGACCAAUCUGCCCAACGGCUACAUGACGGACCUGCAGCGCCCAGAUAGCUCCACCAGCUCCCCGGCUUCCCCAGCCAUGGAGAGGAGGCACCCCCAGCCCCUGGCCGCCUCCUUCUCCUCUCCAGGAUCCAGCCUGUUUAGUUCCCUCUCCAGUGCCAUGAAGCAGACCCCGCAGGCUCCCGCGGGGCUGGUGGAACCUCUGGGUCCCUCCACGCCUGUGGUUCAAAGACCCAGGAUCCUGUUGGUGAUCGACGAUGCACACACAGACUGGUCAAAGUAUUUCCACGGAAAGAAGGUGAAUGGAGAGAUUGAGAUUCGAGUGGAACAGGCCGAGUUCUCAGAGCUGAACCUUGCUGCCUACGUGACGGGGGGCUGCAUGGUGGACAUGCAGGUCGUGAGGAAUGGGACCAAGGUUGUGAGCAGAUCCUUCAAGCCAGACUUCAUCCUGGUCCGCCAGCACGCCUACAGCAUGGCCCUGGGCGAAGACUACCGGAGCCUGGUCAUCGGCCUGCAGUAUGGGGGGCUGCCCGCCGUCAACUCUCUCUACUCUGUCUACAACUUCUGCAGCAAGCCCUGGGUGUUCUCUCAGCUCAUUAAGAUCUUCCAUUCCUUGGGCCCUGAGAAGUUCCCGCUGGUGGAGCAAACAUUUUUUCCCAACCACAAGCCAAUGGUCACAGCCCCACACUUCCCCGUGGUGAUCAAGCUGGGACAUGCCCACGCUGGAAUGGGAAAGAUCAAAGUGGAAAACCAGCACGACUACCAGGACAUCACCAGCGUGGUGGCCAUGGCCAAAACCUACGCCACCACCGAGGCCUUCAUCGACUCCAAGUACGACAUCCGCAUCCAGAAAAUCGGAUCCAACUACAAGGCUUACAUGAGAACCUCCAUCUCUGGCAACUGGAAGGCCAACACAGGAUCUGCCAUGCUGGAGCAGGUGGCCAUGACAGAGAGGUACAGGCUGUGGGUAGACAGCUGCUCGGAAAUGUUCGGCGGCCUGGACAUCUGUGCCGUCAAGGCCGUCCACAGCAAGGAUGGCAGAGAUUACAUCAUUGAGGUCAUGGACAGCUCGAUGCCCCUGAUCGGAGAGCACGUGGAAGAGGACAAACAGCUGAUGGCCGACCUUGUAGUCUCCAAAAUGAGCCAACUCCUGGUGCCAGGAGGCACAGUGCCCUCUCCCCUGAGACCUUGGGCUCCGCAGACGAAAUCAGCAAAGUCCCCAGGGCAAGCGCAGCUGGGACCUCAGCUAGGACAGCCCCAGCCACGCCCCCCUCCACAAGGGGGCCCUCGCCAAGCCCAGUCUCCCCAGCCCCAGAGAUCUGGAAGCCCCUCCCAACAGAGGCUCUCCCCACAAGGCCAGCAGCCCCUGAGCCCCCAGUCAGGAUCUCCGCAGCAGCAAAGGUCACCAGGCUCUCCACAGCUGUCCCGGGCAUCCGGCGGCGCCUCCCCAAACCAGGCCUCCAAGCCAGGCGCCGCCCUCACCUCACAGCCCCGGCCCCCUGUGCAGGGCCGCAGCACCUCUCAGCAGGGCGAAGAGUCCAAGAAGCCUGCACCGCCCCACCCCCACCUCAACAAAUCUCAGUCCCUGACCAACAGCCUCAGCACCUCCGACGCCGCCCAGUGUGGGACCCCAAGUGAGGACGAGGCCAAGGCGGAAACCAUCCGCAACCUGAGGAAGUCUUUCGCCAGCCUGUUCUCUGACUAAGCCCGUCCAGGCCGGGGGCGGAGAGCUCUCUCACACUCGCCCUGCCUCAGUUUCCUUCUCAGCCUGGGUCCCUGCCGGGAACAGAAUGGAGGGUCUGAGAACAUACUUUCUAAAUGCCUUCGACCCAGGAACUGAUUAUCUACAUGUUCCCAUUUUCCUUCACCAUGACAUUCCAACAUUGUCUGACUGAGUGGUGGGCCUUGGAGAGCCUCUAGUUUCCUGAAAACAGGCCUGAGCGAUGGGCAUCGCAUCCCUGUGCCCACCCACAUGCUUGCUUCCCUGCCAGAUAGCCAAGUGCGAUGUCUGUGUGUGGCCGGUUUUCACGUCUCUUGUUGGAGUUUUGCUCGCAUCUGGGCGAAGGCCCUCUGUCGAAUGCAGGCGCUGUAGUUGGACCUCAGCAAUAUAGGAGGCAAUAAUCUUUUAACAGUGUUUUGCAAACAGAAAGAGAAAAUCCCAGCCAGGGAAACCUACCUACCCUCUGCCCACGCUAGUUCCAUCCACACUUGAGACCUGCCCUCGGAGCAGGCAGGCAAAGGCCCAUCACACCUGGCCACCAGGGGGUUUUUGAGGACAACAGGAAAAAUAACAGACCCUGUGUGACAAGUGGGGCCUUUCAGAACACAACAGAGAGAGGUGAAAUCCUUGUAAUGCCGCUCACGCCCAGAGCGUUACCCUCAAUUGGAUGCCGAGAGCAGAUCACAGGUUCUUAUAGGAAUCAUCACCCGUUCCCAGAGGAGAAAGAGGCCCUGAACGUCCCAAGGGAAGAGCUAGGUUAGGAUUCCUGUGCCCAUUCUGUGUUACACCACAGUGUGGUCUCUUUGUCCUGCCUCCAGGAAUGUUGUUCCCUCCUCAAGUAUCUAUCAGGAACCAGAGAGAAUCAACAGAUCAAUGACACAGGGUCAAAAAGUGCAGUGACAGUAACUUCCAGUUUGGCAUUUCACAAACUGUGCAGCGAGGUGUUGGUAGGUUACUCCAUUUCAAAAGGGUCCCACAGUCAAAUAUAUUUAGGAAACACUAUUUAUAUUUCUUUUUUAGAGAUGCAUAGUACACAAUACAUGUCAAAGGCUUUUGGAAUUCCUGCAGGAAAGAAAUCAGCUUU